AACGUCGGUUCGUUCCCGAGAACGUCGCUGGUGGCUGGCUGUCCCGGGCGACCGAGGGAUGCCAUUGCCCUUUUAAGGGGUAGCUUGAAACCGCGCCUGGGCUCCAUGUUUGUAUCAGAACCCGUGAAGAGGGAACUCCAUGUUGUAACAAAGUUUCCUUCGCCCGCCGUCUUUUUUUUUUCUCCCCCUCCCCCUUUUUGUUUUGUUUUGCUUUUCCCUUUCCCCGUCUCCCCCCGCCCCUCCCCCCACCCUCUCAUCUCCCCUCUUCCGUUUUCUUUUCCUUUUAUUUAUUAGUUUCUUCCUUCCUUCCUUUUUUUUUUUUCUCUUUCGUUCCGUUCCGUUCCGCUGCUGCUGCUGCUGCUGCCGCCGCGGUUGUUGUUGUUGUUGUUGUUUUUUAAAAAAAACACAACCGGGGGUGGGGGUGGGGAGGAAAUAAUACGAGAUAUAGAUAUAUAUAUAUAAAUCUGUGCGAAGUCCCGGAAAAUUCCCCGAAGCGGCGGCGGCGGAGAGACAAUCGGAGGCGGGAAGAGAGCUCUCUGCACGUCUGGUCUAAUGGACAGCGGACCCAUAAUCACCCAGGUUAGCAAGGAAGAGGUGAACAGUCCUCUGCAGGAGAAAGGUGUUCAGAACCAAACAUCUUCCAAGAAACCCAGGAAUCGCAGCAUCUUCCAAUCGCUUUUUUGCUGCCUUUGCCAUGACAACUCAGAGCCUAUCCCUGUCAACAAUAAUGCCCCACUGCUGGUGGAAGAAAACGGUUCGGUGACCAAGACCACAGUCAAAUAUCUGCUGCCAGAAAUCAAACCCCAAGAUGCCAGUAAAAUCUGUGUGGUGAUUGACUUGGAUGAGACAUUAGUACAUAGUUCCUUUAAGCCGGUGAACAAUGCAGAUUUCAUCAUCCCAGUGGAGAUUGACGGGGUCAUGCACCAGGUGUAUGUACUGAAGCGACCCCAUGUGGAUGAGUUUCUGAGGCGGAUGGGUGAGCUCUUUGAGUGUGUACUCUUCACUGCUAGCCUGGCAAAGUAUGCCGAUCCGGUGGCUGAUCUGCUGGACAAGUGGGGAGCCUUCCGCGCUCGGCUCUUUCGCGAGUCAUGUGUCUUCCACCGAGGUAAUUACGUCAAGGACCUCAGCCGCCUGGGACGCGAUCUGACACGGAUCAUCAUUGUAGACAAUUCACCGGCCUCUUAUGUCUUCCACCCUGAUAAUGCUGUGCCUGUGGCUUCGUGGUUCGACAACAUGGCUGACACGGAGCUGCUUGACCUUCUGCCUUUCUUUGAAAGACUCAGCAAAGUGGAUGAUGUAUAUACCGUGCUAAAGCAGCACCGGACUACUAGCUAGUGACCAAUGGAAGGGGCAGGGUUUUGGGCAGGGGAAGUCGGAGGGGUAGGUGUGCCCAUUUUGGCUACUUCCUUCUGCUGAGCAGGAUGACUUGUUCCCUCGGCCUCGACAAGCAACGCAGUGCCCAGGAAACACUGCUGGAGACAGCAGAGAGCAAUUAUUCCCAUGAGGCACCAGAAGAAACUUCAGCAUCUGAAUGUGAUCUUGAACCCCAGAAAGGAAACCUCCUUGCUGCUAUGGUUCACAGUUUCUCCCCUUGAAUUAUGGGUUGCAGAAACCAGGACCUCAGCCCCUUUCUCUCCACACACACAAAACAUCCGAUGUGACCAAAGCUAUGAUCCAACUAUGGUCCUUUCCCUUCUAAUCAGAACAGUUCUCCACUCAUUUGCCACCCUCUUGUGGGGAAGAUACACAAGUUUCUUUCCCCGGUAUUCACUGCACUUCAUUGUUGUAUCUGUUCAUAUAUCUCCAUUGUCCUGAUUUCAGGAAAAGUGAUUUCUAAAAUCGCUGAUCGGCUAGGAAGAGCCCAGAUUGAAAACAUUCAAGAAAAGGUGGAGAAGAAAAGCUAAAAAGAACAAGCAGAACUAAAGUGGUGUGGACGGGGCAUGGAUACAGAAAAGUGAUAGAAAGAUGUGAGCAGGGGGUUGACUGUUUUAGUGGACUCGGCUCCAUCCUUAAAGGAGAAAAUGUUUCUGCUUCAUCAAAAGGCUUAGAUUUUUGGCUUGAAAUUUAAGCUGGAUCUUUCGCAAAGGGGCUGUGGACCGUGUAUAACUAUUACACAUAAGCUAUCUCUUGGGACUAUUCGUGAGGUCAGUUUUGUCUUUUGCUCCUCUUGAAAAUAUCUCCCCUUCCCCUUGUGGGAAAAUUCCUAAAUUUCAAAACACGGUGAGGGGAGAAGAGAGAGACUGGAAGAAUUCCCAGUUUUACUCAUCCCCCCCCCUCUAAGUUAAACAACAGAAGGUCUGGAGAUGUUUUGUAAGGAGGAGAGGAAAAAAAAUCAGGUUUGCUUCUUCCUGCUGAGACGUAAGGCGAACAGCGAUGUCACCUUUACCAGCAAGAAAAUAAGAGGAGUUGAAGGAGCUCCAGCCUACAAGUCCCUCUUUUCUUUUCUUUUCUUUUUAAAUCUCUGGAAAUAGUUCUCUCAGGCCACUUCUGUGACCAGUUGUAUUGGGAUAAGGUGGUUCAUAAUACAAACAUUUGCUUAGGAGGAAAGACUGAGAUGGGCAUUGGGAGGCAGAGAAGGGUCUCCUUGAGAUGUGAAAUAUGGCUGACAAAGAAAAUUCUAUGGGAAGGACAGAAUGAAGGAAAGGAUAGUCGUCUCUAAAAACAGCCAAGUUCUAUAAUUAAGAGCCAAUGUUAAAGAACAGAAGCUGGGAAGCCCAUGGUUCCAUAUGUUGCUGAGGAACAUUCAUAGUUUCCUCACCUGUUAUGAUCAUCAUGUGGGAGACACAAGGGAUCCUAAAACAAUAGCUGGAGAGCCACAGAUCCCUCCCACAGCUUAGAGAAAUGAUUAGUGAUACUGUCCUACAGUAUUUAUGUUGAAGGCUUUGGAAUCGUCCUCUGAACCACAUUUUGUGCCGGCCCUGGCUCCUUCCUCCUUCAACCUUUAAGCCCCCUUUUUUAAUCUUCUCAGUGACAGGAUCCAACAUCAGUCAGAAUUAGAUGAAACAGAGAGAGGAGAUGUGGGAGGUGUAUUCCUUGACCACUGUGUGUGUGUGUGGUUUUUUUUUUGUCUUGCUCUACAGUUGGUGCCUUCAAAUCCCACUGUCUCCCUAGAAAUCUGUAAUCUUUCUGGAUUUGCGGAGUAUGUGGGGGAAAUUGUGCCUUUUAGAAUCAACAGACUUGCUGGUAUAGCAUGAGGAGGAGAAAGCAGAGUUAGUGUGCCAAAAGGAGGUGUCUCCAUUUCUGCUGCUUUGUCCACAGUGCUGGGGGUGGGUGGGGGUUCCUUAAGGGGAUGCUUCAGCAAAACUACGCUGACCCAUCCUUGUGGUUCACAAUGUUUCUUCCUAUUUUUUUUUCAGUAUCUUUGAAGCCUGUUUAAUAGGAGAGAAUUUUGAUACCAAACAAGAAUUUUCUUGGAACUCUGCCUGGUUACUAUUUCUGCUAAGGGAUUUGCCUUGGUUUCUCUCCAGUGCCAUCUUAAAUUUGCCUUAAAAUAUUUUCGGGAUGUAAGAAUUCCUUGUGCCUUUGCCUAUUUCUCUUUUUUUAUUAUUAUUAAGAUGCCCAAGAAUCUAACUCAGGCAUAGGGUACUCUGCAGAUCUUGGUGGCUUGUUAGUAGCUCAUUUUGAACUUCAUUACUGUCUUCUUCAACAUGAAGCAACGAUUAAAUUUACUGUUACAAUGGACCAGAAAUGAUUGAUGUAUCUGAUCACUGCUGACCUACACCUGACCAGACAGUUCUGAUUAACAUAUUGCUCCCUCUUACUAAGAAUGACAGGAGGUUCAGAAACCUUUUGAAUUGGACAUUGCAACCACAGCUGUCAGAUCAGGUAUGUUUAAAGUUGAUUAUUAAAUUCAGCAGGUCAUCUUUCAACAAUGCAAACUGCAGAUUCCUUGAACAGUAGAUAAACAUGUUCCUUUUUAUUUUCUAUUUAUUUUUUCCCCAAAAGAACCAUUAAAAAAAAACAGCAUUGUUCUAACAAUCUGAAGAGAGUGGAAGAAAGGAAAUCUAAAUGAAGGUCAAAGAAAAGAAGCUUUGUUUUUCCUUAAGACUACUGUCAUCUUCUUUUUUCCCUCCUUCUGCUUCUUGCAGGUAUGGCAUCUAUUGCUAGUACUGUAUGGAAAGACCGUGUAGGUCUAAAGUCUCUCCUUAGCAGUCCUUGAGAAAUUGAACCUGGCAAUUUUCUCAAUGGCUUGCCAGAUUUGCACUUCCUGGAUAAACGUGCAUUGAAACACUGAAAAUAUGCAUUGAAUAACUUUCUCCAGAUUUUAUAGUUCUUCAAAUGUAUCACGGUUUUCCGCAGCAAAACUGUAUCAAAACACAUUUUAAAAUGUACAGUAUUUCUAAAAUAUUUUUUUUCUUGAACUUGAUGUGAGGCAAAAGUAAAAUGUAGUGCAAAAUGAUCUCUAAUCAUUCCAUAUUAUCUUUUAAGCCAAUUUAUAUUAUUGUCGGGUUGAAUUAACAAGGAACUCUCUUGUGGUGUUUUAAGGCUGAUUUUUGUUGUUUCUCCUACCACAGAAAUCCCUGUGGGGGCAAAAUAAAAUAAAAUAAUAAGGUUAUAAUUUAUGCACACACGUUGGGCAGAAAACUGUUAAGAAAGUGAAUUUUCUUUUGUGUAAACUUAGACUGCAUAUUUCUUUGCUGCUUCAAUGGAUCAACCUCCUUUGGCAUGUACAUAGUUUUUCCCAUUGGGGUAGCUAAAUUUGGCCUGAACUGUAUCUUUUUUUCCUUUUUUCACCCUACCUCAGUUGCCUCCUUAAUGCUGUGUUUGAUGGUAUAAAUUGAGAAAUUGCUUCAUUCUGGCAGGACCAAGAAAUCUGUUCCUCCCUCCCCCACCCCCACCCCCCAAAGAGGCCAGAGGCCAACUUGGACCCAUUAGCUUCCACAAACCAAAAGAUCCCCUUUUAAGAUUAAUCCAAAUUCUAUGUAGGGAGUUGCCCAGUACACCCCAUUGUGGUGGGGAAUGACUUUUUUUUUUUUUACAGAAUGUAGAAAGAAUUUUAACUGGGCAUGUUUUUCGAUUAUAUAAAUAUGUAUACCAUGUAUAUAUGUGUGUAUAUAUAUAUAAUAGGAAAAAAAUAGGAAAAUAUGGAAUGGGAAGAAGUAUGAUGAUUUUUUAAAUAGCUGUAUUUUAAUGCUGUUCAUGGAAGAUGGUGAUUAUUUUUGUGUGCUUUAUUGUCAUUUCUGAUAUAAAAGGAAAUGCAUUGGGAAUGUUUUCUGCCCAUGAGUUAAUACUUCUAUUCAGAGAGCCUCUACCGUGUCUACCAAGUGCCUGGAACACUCCCCUGCCCUACUUUGAGGCAAAGGAAUGAAAUAAUCCACAUAGUAUUGGUCAGGGCCAGUGUUACUAGCCACAUUGGCUAAGACUUAACAUGAGACCCAGUCAAUGGUCUCAUGGCACAGAAAACUCAUUUUUUUCAUUCGCAUCAACUAUACAGAGCCCAAAAUUGUUCCGUGGAAGAGAAAUAACUUCUUUCUCUUCUUUCUACUUUCCUUUUUUCACAUAUUUGUGCUUUUAUCCACUUUUCCUUUCUCCGCUGCUUUCCGUUCCCACCAGAGACUGGUUCUCAUACCAACCAAACCCCAUCAUAAUCCUUCAGGGUAGCAGCAAACAAGCCCUCUUUUAAACAGUUGCUUGAGUGAUGCCUCUCUCACUUUCGCCAUAGAAUUGCCUUCCCACAUCCUGUUUCAUUUCUUGUAUUAGGAAGGCUAAAGGUUCAGUUGCCAGCAAGCCAGUUUCAACUGUAACAGAGUAUUGGUAAACUCAGCACUUCGCUGGGAUUGUGUUUUUCAGUGCCAUCUUGAGAGCUCCAAGGAGCCACACAAAUCUCCAUCUAGAUAUGUCAAGGAACUGAGAUAGGUUGGAGACCCCUGGGCUAAACCAUGCUCCUGGAGUUUUUGAAGUGGCUGAAUAAGAUGCCACAUCCACAGCUCACAUUAUUCAUGUUACUAGUUCUCUUCCCCGUGAAUGGAGAAAUUGUUCCCCAUUCAGGGUUUUUCAGGCUGUCUGUAUCCGAAGACCACAAACUGAAUUUUUAAUCAUGAAUGAGAGUGUGUGAUAAAAUUGCCAAUCGAAAGUGCCUUCUUGCGGGAGUCAAAACUGUAAAAUAAUCUCUGAAGAAAAAAAAAUACAAAACUGUAAAAAGA